AUGGCUGAUUUAACUCCCGGCCAUGUGGUCACAUUAACCGACGGUCGGCAGGCCACCGUACGGUUUGCUGGAGCCACUCACUUCGCUGCCGGGGACUGGAUCGGCAUUGAAUUGGACGAACCCACAGGAAAGAAUGACGGAGCCGUCCAAGGAGAACGCUACUUCGACUGCGAAUUCGGAUAUGGCAUGUUCGUCCGACCAACUGCCAUUGCGGCCAUUAUUGGCCCGCCCACAAAAGAAACCAAACCGGCUGCUAAGGGGACAGCGAAUGCUCCGCAGACCAGAGGGCGGGCCCAAACUGGAAGUGGACUGGGGAUCAAGAAACCGAGCGCUUUGCAAGCCGCGAAUACGAAAAGACACAGUGGUAGCUCGGCUAGUCCGAGUCCUGCAGCGAAGCCUGCGUCCCAGCGGUUGGGCUUGAAGGGUCGGCCGUCUAUUGGGGCUAAGUCGACAUCAAUGGGGCCCCCGCCUCCCCCAUCUGCGUCGCGGCCCUCCCGGCCAUCGAUAUCUGGAGCUUCGAACAGAACUGUUAGACCAGGUCUACAAGGAACUACGACGGCGCCCGCUGGGGUGGCCAAGCGCCCUGCUUUGCGGCCAACCGCUUCCAAGACCUCGGAGGAACAAGAGAGAGGGAGUCCACAAUCAGAGGAUAUCGAUACUGCCGAUAAUUAUGCCGAGGGUGAUGAGAUGGAAAGCGAGGAGCCAACUGCUAAACCGUCUAGACUGGCUUCUGGUUCAUCUCGGGCAGGUGCUGCUCGCCCGGGGUUCUCCCAGACCUCGUCGCCGCGACAAGCUCAGAGUACCGCGCUGUCAAGGGAGCUGGAAGAAUUGAAAACAAAGCUUAGGGUGAUGGAGAAAAAGCGGACUGAAGAUCGAGAGAAGCUCAAGGCCUUGGAGACACUUCAGCAGGAGCGGGAUAAAUUCGAAAGUAUUAUCCAGAAACUGCAAGCUAAAUACCAGCCGCAGCAACUUGAGAUUAGUGACUUGCGGAAGAAGUUGAGAGAAUCAGAGGCCCAACUCGAAGAGAUCGAGCGCAUCCAAGCGGAGCAUGACUCGAUUCUGGAAAUGGCAACCCUCGACCGCGAGAUGGCGGAAGAGACGGCCGAUGCUUUUAGGCACGAGGUUGAAACAUUAAAGUUGAGGGUGGAAGAGCUUCAGUUGGAGGCGGAGGUCCUGCGUGAGGAGAAUGAGGAGCUCGGUCAGACUAUGAGUCCGGAGGAGAAGUCCAGUCAUGGAUGGCUGCAAAUGGAGAGAACAAAUGAGCGUCUCCGCGAGGCCCUCAUACGUCUUCGCGAUAUGACACAGCAGCAGGAAUCCGAGUUGAAGGACCAAAUCAAGGAACUACAACAAGAUUUGGAGGAGUACGAAAGCAUCAAGUCCCAGUAUGAAUCCACCAAGGAGAAGCUGCUUGUAGCGGAAAACAAUGUUGAAGAUCUCAAGCAGCAACUGGAGACUGCUCUCGGUGCGGAGGAGAUGAUCGAGGAGCUCGCAGAUAAGAAUAUGCACUACCAAGAGGAGAUCAACGAACUCAACGCUGCGAUCGAGGAUCUCGAGGCGCUGAAGGAAAUCAACGAUGAGCUCGAGUACAACCACAUCGAGACAGAAAAGCAAAUGCAAGAAGAAAUCGACUACAAGGACUCCCUAUUCAAUGAGCAAUGCCGUAAGGUUGCCCAGCAAGACGAAGUCAUCGAGGACUUGGAGUACACUUUGGCGCGAUUCAGGGAGCUAGUCUCUACUCUCCAAGGGGACUUGGAGGAUAUGCGAGCCUCUCAGCAGAUCACAGAAGCCGAAGCUACGGAUCUAACAACACGUUCUCGUGCCAUGAUGGACCUGAACUUGAAGCUGCAGGCAUCGGUUUCCAAAGCACAGACGAAGACCAUCGACAUUGAACUCGAACGCCUGGACGCUCAAGAAGCUGCCCAACACCUAUCCAUCUUGAAACUAUACCUUCCCGAGUACUUCGAGGGAGAGAAGAACGGCAUCCUUGCACUUCUACGUUUCAAGCGUGUUAGUUUUAAAUCGUCUUUAAUGAUCAGCACCGUCCGAGAGAGAUUCCCCGAGCAGACAUCCGAUCCGGCUGCAGUGGAAGAUGGCUUCACGGCGCAUGAUGUUCUCGAGAAACUCAUGUGGAUCGGCGCCAUCUGCGACCGAUUCAUCAAUUACAUCACCAACUGCUCCGCAGAAAGCUUCGACAGGACCAAGGCGACAUUGUUCGAAAUGGAGCCGGUCGAGCGCACCGUGAACUUCUGGAUAGAAUCCGUAAGGAAGAAUGAGCUGAACAUGAAGAAAUGUGGCAUUGAGCUGCAAAGGUCCAUUGCACUACUAUCCCAUCUGGCGGAAGUCCACCUACCAACUUCAUUAGAGACGUUCGCCGACGAGCUCUGCAUGCGCUCAUCCUUAACUCAGUCAUACAUCGACCACGCCGCAUCCUUGAUAUCGCGCCUCAGAACUUUGUUACAGUCCAAGAUCACAGUCCUAGAAGGCGAAGAUGAAGAGCCCAAUUUCCUCUUCAGCAAAAUGGAAACCCUAGUAACUCAAGCGCGGGGGCUGAAAGUAGCCAUGGGCAAGAUCUACAAAGCCCUUGAAGAUCUCCGAUCAAGGUCCCUUGCCCUGUCCCAAGACGUAGCAGGCCCCUUCAAGGAAACAGAGGAAGCCGCCAAAAAUCUUUCCGAGCUGGCCCGGCACCUAGGAGAGAACAUUGCGCUUAUCGUAAGCGACGAAAGCCGAACGGAGCCACUGACGCUGGAAGAGGCAACGAAGAGCAUGUCCCAGGUCUCGACCCUCUACGCGCAGCCAUCGGAAUCAGGAAGCGAAUGUAGCGACACAAUGUCCUUCAUCGCGAACCGACUACGCAGCCUAGGCGGAAACCUCGAGGAACUCGACUCAAUCUCAACCGACUUGUCAAUCACAUCAGAAUUCGAAAGACUCCCCUCCCCGUGGAUCGCACGAGCCUCAGAACUAAAAUCCAACAAAGCAGUGUCUCCAGACGCGGAUGAAGAAAUCCGACGUCUCAAGAACGAAAUCCAUGAAGCCUCAACAGCCCUAGGCGUCAAGGACAAGACGAUCGAAGAACAAGCGCUGAAGGUCGAACUCGUCGAGUCCAGAAUGCAAGAAGCUAGCAAAAAGGCCUCCAUGGUCAAAGAGCUCGAGACCAAGAUCGAAACCAUGCGAACAAAAGAAACAGAACUGGAGGGCAUGGUCGAAAAACAACGCAAAGAGCUCCAAGCGCUGGAAACAGAGCGCGAGGAGAUCAAAGCUCGACUGGACAGGGUCAAACGCGCGUCCGGCACAACCGGAAUCACCACGACUGAGGGCGUGGUGGUCGACAACGCCCUGUCUCUUGCUACGAUGCGCGAGAAUGAGGCUCUCCGCGCCGAGGUGGAAAGUCUGCAAGCGGCCGUCCGCUUCCUGCGUGAAGAGAACCGCCGGGGCAACAUGCUCGAUCCGUACUCUGUGCAGCGCUCAGCGGAGAUGUACUCUUGGCUUGACGUGCCCCUUACACAAGCCAACGGUAAUGCUCAGCAUGAUAAGAUCCAACAGACCGCCUCGGAGAGCAGGGAUGUCUUUUCUCAUCUUCUCAAGCUAACCAAGGAGUCGAAUAUCUGCGAUCUGAAGUCCACCAUGUCUCAAGAGAAUGGUAAUCGUGCCAGUUGGCGCCCUUCCAAGACUAAACUGCGCUAUCAGGUUCUCCAACAGCGGGAGAACUUCGAGCAUUGGACUGAAUGGCGCGAUGAUAUCGUCAACCAGGAAAGAGAGCAGGACAGACUGGUUAAUACGAAGAAAGAGCGCCUUGCUCGUGAUCGCGCCCGGAGACACGCACCCAAGAAUUCGGUAUUCGGUGGCUUUCCGCAGGGGCUAGGACAUGGAAUGAUGGGCCGCGCUUGGGAGAUCCUGGGCAUGCAGCAAGAUCAUCGCAAACUGGCUGAUAGACCGGUAGAACCUUCCAUAACGCCUUCGUUCUAG